AUGGGUCGUAAAGCCAAGUUCGAUGAGACUAAGAAGGUUAAGAAAGGCCCCGGUAGGAAAGCACGCAAACAACCCGACCCGGUCUUCAAAAAGUCUCUUGUGGAAGAUGACACUACAGAAAAGAAAUUAACUCAUAGACAAAAACAACGAGCUGCAAAGCGAGCAAAGAAAAAAGCAGAGUUAGCUGAGAAGAGGAAAGCCCUAAAGCAAGCUAAAAAGAAUGUUGCAAAACAAACUGAGGUUGAAGUUGAUAAUGAUGAGGGCCAUAGCUCUGAUGAAGAAAGUACACAAGGUUUUACUGAUGACAAUAAAGAAUGGUUGAAGCCAAAACAAAAAGGUAAAUCAAAAGAGAAGAAAAUUCACUCAGAUGUAGAGGAAACUGAAGAUGAUAGUGGCCAUGAUGAUGGAUCAGAUGUAAAUGCAGACUCUGAUGACAAUGAUAAACAGGGAACAAAAGCUACUGGAGAAAAAUAUAAGGUUGGAACUUUAGAUGAUUUAUUUAAGGACACCGAUGAUGAAAAUGAUGAUGCUGAAUCAGAAGAUGAAGGUGCUGCUAGUGAUAACAAAUUAGAGUAUGAUUCUGAUUCUAGUGGUUCUGAUAAAGAUGAGGAUGAUGAUAUUGAUAAUGAAGAUGACAUGUUGCCAAUAGAAAAAGCAAACAUUAAACUCGUAAAGAAACAGAAAAUUGAUAAGAAGCUAGCAGAUGAAGAAAUGCAGUUGAAUAUUGCAAAACAAGAUGUGUUUGCUUUUCCGUCUGAAGAAGAAUUACAAAAUCCUACAAGUCUCCAAGACAUUCAUCAAAGGAUCAAGGAUGUUGUAACGGUUUUAGGCAAUUUUAGUACACUUAAAGAAGAAGGUCGUUCACGUUGUGAAUAUACUGAUCUACUACUAAAAGAUCUUUGCAUAUAUUACAGUUAUAAUGAAUUUCUAAUGGAAGUGUUAAUGCAGAUAUUCCCAGUGCUGGAACUGGUUGAAUUUUUGGAAGCUAGUGAAGUUGCACGUCCUGUUACCAUCAGAACCAACAGUCUGAAAACUAGGAGGAGGGAUUUAGCUCAGGCACUCAUCAACAGAGGUGUAAAUUUAGACCCUGUCGGGAAGUGGAGUAAAGUAGGUCUUGUUGUGUACAGUUCCACAGUCCCCAUUGGAGCAACACCAGAAUAUUUGGCAGGACAUUACAUCCUACAAGGUGCAUCAAGUUAUUUGCCAGUAAUGGCUUUAGCUCCACAAGAGAAUGAGAGAAUAUUAGACAUGUGUGCAGCUCCAGGUGGAAAGGCAUCACAUAUUGCAGCUAUCAUGAAAAAUACAGGCACUUUAUUCGCUAAUGAUGCUAAUAAAGAAAGGACUAAAGCAAUAGUUGGUAACUUUCAUAGAUUAGGUGUAGUGAAUGCUGUGAUAUGUAACCAUGACGGUAGAGAAUUUCCAGAAGUGAUGAAGGGUUUUGAUAGAGUGUUACUGGAUGCUCCUUGCACAGGUACUGGUGUUAUUGCUAAAGAUCCAAGUGUCAAGACAACAAAGGACCAGAAAGAUAUACAAAGGUGUUUUAAUAUUCAGCGACAACUUCUCCUUGCUGCGAUUGACUGUUGCAGUGCAAAGUCCAGUACUGGAGGGUAUAUUGUUUAUUCCACUUGUUCAAUCUUACCUGAAGAAAAUGAAUGGGUUGUGAAUUAUGCACUCAAGCGCAGGAAUGUAAAAUUAGUACCUACUGGUUUAGACUUUGGAACUGAAGGUUUCGUCAAAUACAGGCAUCAUAGAUUUCACCCGUCUCUUAAAUUGACUAGGAGGUUUUAUCCUCAUACACAUAACAUGGAUGGUUUUUAUGUGGCAAAGCUGAAGAAGUUCUCAAAUGUUAUUCCUGAGCCCUUCAAAGAUGAAGAUGAUGAAGAGCUUGAAUCUAAAUCCGAAGACUCAAAACAAAAUGGUGACAUUGAAUCUGGCGAUCAAAAACCCGUACCUCAAAAGAAGGGCGAUUCUCGUAAAAGAUCUGCCACUUCAGCUGGUCCUCAGAUGAAGAAAAAGAAGUCUGAUGUUGAAUCAAAUAAGGGUAACAAUGCUCAACCUACUCCUGCAAGCAACCAGAAGAAUAAGAGAAACCGGAAAAAUAAAAAGAACGUAAAGCAACAUGGUACUAACGCCGCUAACAACGCAAUUAGUGACAAAUCUGAAGUACAAGAAAAUAGUAAAGAUAUUAAGGAACAGAGAGAGACAAAAAUAAGAAAUGAGAAUGUAGACACAAAAUCCAGCAUCGAAAAAAUAGACAGUGUACAAAAAGAUCCAAAUACAAAAACCACAGUAAACAAAAGUAAGAAAAAAAGGAAAAAUCAAAAGAACCAAGAAACCAGUAAUGUUCAAAAUCAGAACAUUAACAAAAAUGAAAAUAAAAUAACAGAAAAAGUUGAAGUGGUAGCUGCCAAAAAAUUGAAGAAUAAAUUCAAUAAAAAGAAUAAGCAAAUUGGCAAACUGAAUUCCAAUAAUGUUAAGAAGCCUAUGAAAGAUCAGUCAGUUCAUAAAAAGUUUAAGAAAAAUAAGUGA